AUGGCAAGAAGAAAGGAGCAACAUUCUGAAAUUAGAAAACGAUCAAAGUUAUGGAAGUUUAAAGUUCCAAAAGCUGGCAAAACCUUUAUUUGGAGAGCUAGUCUUGAGGCUCUUCCCACAAAGCUCAACCUUUUCAAACGAAAGAUGGUGGAUUCUUCUAAAUGCAUUUUAUGUUCGACAGAACCUGAAUUUGUGAUUCAUGCUUUGUGGAGCUGUAAAUCUGCUCAAGAUGUUUGGAGUUCAUGUUCUAGGAGGUUACAAAAAUGCAGUGUGGAUGAGACUUCUUUUCAGAAUUUUCUUUCUUAUUUUUUCUCAACUAUUCCAAAAGAGAUUCCAGAUGAAGUUGCAGUGACUGUCUACCAGCUAUGGAGGAGAAGCAAUUCCUUUGUCUUUGGAGGAAAAUUCACACCCCUUGAUAAGCUAGCUCUUCAGUCUCACCAAGUAUUGGAGGAUUAUAGAAAUUCAAUGAAGGAGAGCGAGGCUCGAGUAGAUAAUGGCACAAGUACUACUAAAAAUGGGAAGCACCUCCUCUUGACACUUAUAAGAUCAACUGGAAUGCAGCCAUUGAUAAAAUACAAUGCAAAGUGGGAGAAUGAGUUAUUAUUAGAGACUGUGAAGGCCGAGUGGUAG